AUGUCAGUGGCUCUCUUUACCUUCAUAUUGGAUACCACGGCCCACAAGAAGAUUAUUGAUGCCUACCCACCUAUCCAAGAUAUGAUUUACUCUCCUCCUGCUACUCUUCCCGUUGCUCUGGCUCAAUUCAAGCCACAUCAAAACUUGCGUUCCUUACUUGUUCACACUUCUGCAUCUAUCACACAAUCUCGCAAUGAACUGGCAAUGCAUCACGUCCAUCCACCCCUGCCUCCUCCGCACCCAGAGAUUCGUUUUUUCGAUCCAGCCUGUCACAUACUGCAGGCGGGCAUUCCAAUCAGCGCAUCUCAACCCAUGGACAUUGAGCCCAUUCCCAGUCAUCUCGUUCUCCACAAUCAAAGUCCCCCCACCCCAAGCAAUCCGGACCCCAAUAGAUUCGUCUCCUGUGGUAUCAUCUCUGACAGAUUCCAGAUUCACUUCAAUCUGCUCUCUCCUCUGUUGACCCAUAGCCGUCCAACCAUUCCAAUGGAUGACUCUCAAAGGCAUCUUCUUUGUCAAGAGAUAGCCAAACUGUUGCACAAAAAAGGAAUAGAACCUGCUCCUCUCAACUCUCCUGGCUUCAACGGUCCAGUGUUUGUUAUCUUCAAGAAGAAUGGUGGGUACCGUCCUGUGUUCAAUCUCAAACACCUCAAUAAACACUUGACUGCCCCUCACUUCAAGAUAGAAACAUUGCAAGCCGUGUGCAAAUUCUCCUCAACAGUCUUUGGCUCACACGCAGCUAUUAAUGACCAAGCUGGAAUCCCUGGGGUGGCUUCUGAACCUGAAGAAGUCGUCUCUCCAACCAUCUCACUUCCUGAGACAAAGCUUUACAAUCUUUGCCAAUCGAUUCGCCAACUUAUCACCAAUGUGUCUCCCUCUCCCCGUCUAGUCUAUAGCCUCACUAUGAGAAUUCAGGCCGCAACAAUUGCCCUCUUUCCGGCCUGCCUAUACACACAGCAUCUGAUAUGGUUCAAGAACAAACACGUUCACCAGAACCUUGGUUGGGAUAUGCGAGCAAUACUGGAUAAGGUUGUGCUCUGGGCACCCACACAGUCCAUGGAUACUGGACACAUGAGGAAGCCAAGAUCAAGGUGGCUCACAUGCCUUCCAUCCAAUGGAACUGGCCACAAUGAUUUGGAGAUGGUGUAUCCACCGUGGUCUCUAAUUGGCUGCACAGCACAUUGCAGAGAAGGACAAUGUCACUGCAGAUCUGGAAUCUCACCAGACUUUUAUGAAGAUCCUCUGGAAACUCUCCAAGGCAACAUUCAGUAUGAUACAGUUGAUGUGGUGAUCCAGACACUCGGAUUUGAUACGGGAACCACACAAUGUGGACCUCUUCCCAGAUCAGAUCACUCAUCUUCUUCCCAUGUAUGUGUUCUGGCUCCCCGACCCAAAGGCAAUAGCUUUGGAUGCAAUGUCCAUCUCCUGGAGCCAAUAGAACAAUUGUUAUCUCAACCUCUUAUGAAACCUGAUUGGCCAGUGUCUGCACAAGAUAUGGCAGGAGAACUUGAAGAUGACCUUGGUGGCUCUAAUUUGGCCGAGUGCCAUAUGAUAUCCUCUUCUCCUGAAGAUGUUGGUGGCUCCUCCCCUAAUUAUGGACAAUCAGUCCAUAGUUUUCGCCUCCUCCAAAACCCCAUGGCAGUUGAAGAACUCAAUGUGGAAGCUUGCUGCAUACAGACUAUCAAGUGCAAGUUCAAUAACACAGGCUUGACCAAUGAAUCUGUUCUUCUUCUCAUAGAUUCUGCCCUCACCAAUACCCUUACCAACCGCAUCUAUCAAUGGGGCCAGCACUUGUUCAUUGCUACUAUUAAGAAUCAUCAUACUGCUGCUCUCAAAUUACAUAUCAACCCCAAAUCUCUUUGCUGCCAUGAAGAUGUCCAGACUGUCUUUUCUUGUCUUGCACUCCAAGCUCCUCCUUUGCGACAGACCAGGCCCUCCAUUGAUUUUGCUUCUACUCUCGAUCAUGUUGCCUCUAUUGUUUCUGCCACUUCCACUUCUCUCACUCCCCUCUCCCGCAAGACAGCCUUUCUCAUUGUAAUGACUGCUUUUCUCCAUCUGUCCAAUCUUGCUCGCCUCCAACUCUUGUCUGCUCGAGUUGAUAUCUCUUCUGAUGCGGAUUAUUCCCGGGCUUCCACUGCUCGCCCUCCUCAACACUUGUUUGUCAAUGCACAUCAACCUAUGAUUCCUGUGCAAAUUUCUACCAUCUCCUCUUGGCUUCGUAGUCUCUUGCAGCUCUCUAUGCAUGAAUCGGUUUUGGUCCAGUCUAUUGCCUUCACUCUUGUUCUCGAACAUGAUAUGUCCUUGAACAACAUAGUUACUCUUGGUAAUUGGUCUAGUUGUGAAGUCUUCCAGCAAUAUUACAGCUGCAACCACACUUCGUCUGCUGAUUUUACCAAUAUUGUAUUACGCCCCUCUGCUUCUGUUCUGGUCUCAGGCUUGGUGGUCCCCACUAUCAGAGAACAAGGAAGACAUGGCCCAAGUCUCCCUCCCACUCACACCUGUAAUGACCAGUCGAUGAUCAAUUAG